CACCCACCGAGCCAGUUGCUGUUGACUACUGCCGAGGCAAACAACGAAGAGCGAUGGGCUCGUUCAUGAGCAGCGUGUCGCUGUACCAAGCGGUACUCCACGGCAACAACAAGGAGGUCAAGGCGUUGCUCGCCGCCGGCGUCAACCCCGACGCCUAUGCCAACGCGAAAGGCGCGACGCCGCUGCUCGUCGCCGCCGACAAGGGCCACGUCCAGAUCGUCGAGUGGCUCGUCGCCGCCGACGCCAACGUCAACCACCCAGCCGAGGGCGGCGUGACGGCGCUCUCGAUGGCGGCGCAGCACGGCCAUGCCGACGUCGUCGCCCUCCUUCUCAAGGCCAAGGCGAAUGUCAACCAAGCGCGCUACGACGGAUGGACGCCGCUGCUGAUCGCGGCCAAUGGCGGCUUUGACCGCAUCGUCGAGAUGCUCUUGGCGGCGAAAGCCAACGUCAACCAGGCGACGGCGCUUGGGUCGACGCCGCUGGCCUACGCUGCGCAGCACGGCCACGUGAGUAUCGUGCGCAUGCUCUUGACCGCCAACGCUAAUGUGAACCAGUCGUCCCAGAGAGGAGAAACACCGCUGUUUGUGGCGGCGGAGACGGGCCAAGCGGCGGUGAUUCCGUGGCUUUUGCACGCCCACGCCGAGCUCGACAAGGCUGACAACAAUGGGGUGACACCGAUCAUGGCCGCCGCUGCCAACAACCAAGCACAUGUUGUCGCGCUCCUCACGGACGCCAAACAACGAGUGUUGUCGGCGCCGUCGUCGCGGUCUUCGCCGCCGUCCAGCACGUCGUCGCUAAAAGCGGUGCCCAUGGAGCUCACCGAGAUGCGCUGCCAGUCGUGCAACACCCCGAAUGCCAUGGCCUCCGACACCUGCACCGCCUGCGACGAGCCGUUGCCGUCAGCCGCAACGAAGCUCGCCAUUUUGCUCAAGCGCGUCGACGGCGCGGCGAUCGAUGACGAGCUCGCGUGCGCGUUUUGCGACACCUUCAACCCGAUGCUUUCGUCUGUCUGCAGCGGCUGCGACGACGCCAUGCCCGACGACAAGGCCAAGCUGCGAAUCCUUGUCGCCCGGAUCGAGAGAGCGGCGCAGCACGCAUCGCUGGGCUCGCCCCGGCCAUGAGAGACCGACGCCGUCGAGUCGCUUGUCGUGUGGUAGCAAGCACCAUCGCCCGCCGUCGACGCCGAGCGUGCACACCGUGGAACCAUUGGAUAGCACGGAUAUGUAUAUAAACAAAAGCUGAUACAUACGCUUAUUGCACGG